CAGCAGCAGCAGCAGCAGCAGCAGCAGCAGCAGCAGCAGCAGCAGCAGCAGCAGCAGCAGCAGCAGCAGCAGCAGCAGCAGCAGAUGCAGCAGCAGCAGCAGCAGCAGCAGAUGCAGCAGCAGCAGCAGCAGCAGCAGCAGCUUACGUGUCGGGUAGCUGGGAGAGAAGCGGCAGCAGCGCGGUCUCCAUGGCUGGGCCUAAAGAGCAGCUGAGGCUCUUUGCAGCUUUUGCGAGUUUGAGGGCAAGUUCGCUGUCGUUGGUCAAUACCAGAAGCAAAAAAGAAAGCAGCAGCAAAUCCGUGCAGCAGCAGAAGCAAAAAAGAAGGCAGCAGCAAAUCCGUGCAGCAGCAGCAAAGAGAACACAGCAUGAAGCAGCAAACAGAAGUCGACACACUCCAGCAGCAGCAGCAGCAGCAGCAGCAGCAGGACCGGCAGUGACUGCAGCAGCUUUCUCGGGAGCGAGGCUGGCGAACCAGCCACAACCACAGCAGCAUGCACUGCACCAGCAGCAGCAGCAGCAGCAGCACCAGCAGCAGCAGCACCAGCACCAGCAGCAGGAGCACCAGCAGCAGCAGCAGCAGCAGCAGCAGCAGCAGCAGCAGCAGCAGGAACUUUGCCUACUGCUUGUGUGCCCUGGAGAUUUGGAAUUCUGCAGCUUUUUAUUUUCGAGCUUUUGA